AGCCUACACCGCAGGCUCCAUGCUCAAUUAGAUCGACAUGACAGCUUACAUUUUAGUAAAGCUAUAAUUGUAAACAGAAAACAAGCAUUAUUGACUGCAGUUUGGCAUACCUUAGACCAUGAUGGAAAAUACUUCUAAUGAGGAUGGACUCCUACCACCAAGUGUAGCCACGGAUGCUGUGUUGGUGAAAAGUGAGGCUAUUGCAGAAGGGACUCCUAUUGUAAAAGGCUAUGACUUCAAUGAAGGGCUGGACUAUCACAGGCUGCUUCAGUCCUACAUGACAACAGGAUUCCAGGCACAGAACUUUGGCAAAGCAGUCGAAGAGAUUAACAGGAUGAUCUCUUGUAAACUCAGUCCAGUUGCCAAAGAAAACCGUAAGGAAUAUAACUCCCACCCUACAGAGCGAGAGAAAACCAACUGCACCAUCUUCCUGAGCUACACAUCAAACCUAAUUUCUGCCGGGGUUCGGGAAAUCAUCAGAUAUCUCGUGCAGCACAAUAUGGUAGAUUGCUUGGUCACAAGCGCGGGAGGUGUGGAGGAGGACUUCAUCAAGUGCAUGGCGCCCACAUACAUGGGAGAGUUCAGCCUGCGUGGCAGUGAGCUGCGAGACAAGGGCAUUAACCGCAUAGGAAACCUGAUGGUUCCCAAUGACAACUAUUGCAAGUUUGAAGACUGGGUGAUGCCCCUUCUGGACACUAUGUUGCAAGAACAGAAUGACAAGGGAACUCUAUGGACGCCAUCUCGUAUGAUAGACCGUCUCGGCAAGGAGAUCAACCAUCCUGACUCAGUGUACUACUGGGCCCACAAGAACAACAUUCCCGUGUUCUGUCCCGCUCUCACAGACGGCUCACUGGGAGAUAUGCUAUACUUCCAUUCCUACAGGAAUCCUGGUCUCCUGUUGGACAUAAUACAAGACAUCAGAGCAAUCAACUCCAUAGCAGUCCAGUCGUCACACACAGGAAUGAUCAUAGUCGGGGGAGGGGUGAUCAAGCACCACACGUGCAAUGCUAAUCUUAUGAGGAACGGUGCAGACUUUGCUGUGUACCUGAACACGGCCUCUGAGUUUGAUGGCAGUGACUCUGGGGCAAGCCCUGAUGAGGCGGUGUCAUGGGGAAAGAUACGGAAAACAGCGACACCUGUCAAGAUUUGUGCAGAAGCAACUUUGGUGUUUCCACUGCUGGUAGCAGAGACAUUUGUACGACGACAACAAGAAUUCAGAGACUUCAGAGUUGCCAUGGAAACUGAGAAUUCAGAUACCCAAGAAAAUGGAUAAUGCCCCUUGAAUGCUUUAACAUUUUAACAUAUUUAUUUUAUUGGUAUGACAUGUCCAUUCAGAGAUUUGGAAGUGAAAAGCAUUCAAAUUUAUCAUUGAAAUAGAGAGUCAAGAUACAUGGAAGGAUAUGACACCCUCUGAAAGUUAGUGGACACAAAAUAUGUUUCUGUUUUUCAUCUGAAACACAUAUUGAUUUAAAGACGCUCACAUUUAUCAUUGAAAAUGUUAAUAAUUGUACGAUGUAAGAGUGAACACAUAAUGCCUUAAUUUAUUUCUAUAAAUGAUUACUGUGGAGAAUCGUGAUGUAAAAGACAUUUAUGUUACCACGGAAACUGAUUAAAAUAAUGUGUAAGGAUGAA